AUGUGCACUUCUUCAUACAUUGGGAAGAAGUUGAUGAAGAAGGUAAGAAGACAACCUAACAUGAAACUAAAAGACAUCCAAGAUGCUAUACAUGAGAAGUUUAUACUAAACAUAACUCUAGGAAAAGCCAGCAAGGCUAGGGAGAAAGCAAGAGAAUAUAUUGAUGGGGCUUACACACAGCAGUACAAUCAACUUUGGGAGUAUUGUGAAAAGUUGAGGAGGGCUAACCCUGGCAGUACCAUACUUAUGAAGGUACACACCUUCAAUGAAGGUGAUUUGGCUACUGAGAUGGACUUGGUCUGUGGGGUUCCUUAUUUUGAAAGAUUGUACAUAUGCCUGGAGGGUUGCAAGAAAGGGUUUAUGGCUGGAUGUAGGCCAAUAAUUGGUUUGGAUUUCUGCCACUUGAAGACUAAGUUAGGUGGGCAAUUAAUCACAGCAGUUGCUAGAGACCCUAAUAAAGAGUACUUCCCACUUGCGUAUGCUGUAGUGGAGGCUGAAACUAAAGAAUCCUGGACAUGGUUCAUAAAUUUGCUACUUGCAGACAUAGGUCAAAACACAAGAUGGACAUUUAUAUCAGACCAGCAGAAGGGGUUGGUGCAGACCUUCAUUGAUAAUUGGCCACAAUAUGAGCAUAGGAUCUGCUGCAGACACCUCUACAAUAAUCUCAGGAAGAACCAUCCUAAUGUUCUGAUUAGAGAGUUGUUUUGGAAAGCAACCAAAGCUACUUAUAAAGCUGAGUUUGAUAGGUUGAUGGAUGAACUUAAGGGAAUUGAUAAGGAUGCACACAAUUGGUUGCAAGAUCAUUCAACCACCAUAUGGGCCAGACACAUGUUCAGUGAAGAUGGGUUGAGUGAUACAGUACAGAACAACAUGUGUGAGAGUUUUAACAGCAGGAUUCUGAAGUUUAGAUCUAAGCCUAUAAUUACUAUGCUGGAGUCCAUCAGGUUAUAUCUUAUGACCAGGUUUCAAGAGAACGGACAAAAUAUCAUGAAAGUGGAAUCAGAGAUAUGCCCUAAAGUGCUUAAGAGGUUGCAUAGGGAAAAGACUGCAAGCAACAGUUGCAGGAAAUGGGGUACAACUAGCAUACCAUGUGCCCAUGCAGUUUCCUGCAUAUUCUUCAAUAGGCAAGAUGCUGAGCAGUAUGUGCACAGACUAGCAGAUGCAAAAAAUAUUCCAACAUCAAUCAGCCAACAGGACAAGCUCAAACUCAACCAAGCUCUGCCACCCCAUUUGCACCACCUCAGCCAUUUGUAUCAUCCCAAUCCACCAUGCACACCUUCAAUCCUGGUGCACCAACUCAGCUAUGGACAAGCUCUCCCAGUCCAGCAUGCACACCUUCACUCCUUGUGCAUUUCCUUAGCCAUGGACAAGCUCAUCCAGCCCAAGUGCACCAUACCAAUACACCAUGCACAGCUUUGCCACACCUUUUCCACCACCCCAGUCCAACAUGCACAGCUCCAGUCCAAGUGCACACCAGACUCCCACAGGAUCAUCCAAUCUAGUUCAGGCCAGUAG